CUUUCACUCACUUCAUUUCACAUAGAAUUCUCUGGAACUUCAUUCCUUCUUCUUCCUUUUUUCUCUCUCUAGAACUCGUUACGGUUACGUUAUACUUUCUCACUCCAAAACUCGUUCUUCAAACUCAGCGUCAAAAUGCGUGAGAUUCUUCACAUCCAAGGAGGACAAUGCGGGAACCAAAUCGGAGCCAAAUUCUGGGAAGUUGUGUGCGCUGAGCACGGGAUCGACUCUACCGGUAGGUACCAAGGGAACAACGAUCUUCAACUCGAACGAGUCAAUGUGUACUACAACGAAGCGAGUUGUGGAAGAUUCGUUCCUAGAGCUGUUCUCAUGGAUCUGGAGCCAGGGACUAUGGAUAGCGUCAGAUCUGGUCCAUACGGUCAGAUUUUCCGGCCUGAUAACUUUGUUUUUGGACAGUCCGGUGCCGGAAACAACUGGGCGAAAGGUCACUAUACAGAAGGAGCUGAGUUGAUUGAUUCGGUGCUUGAUGUUGUCAGGAAGGAGGCUGAGAAUUGUGAUUGUCUUCAAGGUUUUCAGGUUUGCCACUCCCUUGGUGGUGGUACUGGUUCUGGAAUGGGAACACUUUUGAUUUCUAAGAUCAGGGAGGAAUACCCUGAUCGAAUGAUGCUUACUUUCUCUGUGUUCCCAUCUCCUAAGGUAUCUGACACUGUUGUUGAACCUUACAAUGCUACACUCUCUGUCCACCAACUUGUUGAGAAUGCUGAUGAAUGCAUGGUUCUGGAUAAUGAAGCUCUCUAUGAUAUUUGCUUCCGCACCCUUAAACUCACUACUCCAAGCUUUGGAGAUCUGAACCAUCUAAUUUCUGCCACAAUGAGUGGUGUUACAUGUUGUCUUCGAUUCCCUGGUCAAUUGAACUCAGAUCUUCGCAAAUUGGCAGUCAAUCUCAUUCCUUUCCCUCGUUUGCAUUUCUUCAUGGUGGGAUUUGCCCCACUCACUUCUCGUGGUUCACAGCAGUACAGAGCUCUUACUGUACCUGAGCUGACCCAGCAGAUGUGGGAUUCAAAGAACAUGAUGUGCGCCGCUGAUCCUCGCCACGGUCGUUAUUUGACAGCAUCUGCCAUGUUCCGUGGUAAGAUGAGCACCAAGGAGGUUGAUGAGCAGAUGAUCAAUGUUCAGAACAAGAAUUCAUCAUACUUUGUUGAGUGGAUUCCCAACAAUGUGAAAUCCACUGUCUGUGAUAUCCCUCCAACUGGUCUUAAAAUGGCUUCUACUUUUAUUGGUAACUCCACAUCUAUUCAAGAAAUGUUUAGGAGGGUGAGUGAGCAAUUCACGGCUAUGUUCCGCAGAAAAGCUUUCUUGCAUUGGUAUACUGGAGAGGGUAUGGAUGAGAUGGAGUUUACUGAAGCAGAAAGCAACAUGAAUGACCUUGUCUCAGAGUACCAGCAAUACCAAGAUGCUACUGCAGAUGAAGAGGGGUAUGACUAUGAAGAUGAGGAGGAGGAAGUUCAGGAGGAAGAAGCUUAAACAGUAGUAUUGUGAAGGGUUCUUUUAUGUUUGUGUUUGUUGUGACUUGUGACAUAAUACUAGUACUCUAAUAUUGACUUUUGAUCCCCCAACCUGAAUACCUUUUUCGGGGGUACUGGAUUUGUUGUUCGGCUUGCUAUUGUAGUUUCAGGCUCGUACUUUUAUCCCUGUUUUCAUUUGUUGUCAAAUGAAGCCUAUAUUUCCAUAUUAUUCAUGUUAAUGGUUGGAUCUCUAUGCUUCUUGAGUGAUCAAAUAUUCUGUUAAUCAAA